AUGGUAAGAAAAAGUGUAGCUAUCAUUGGAGCAGGUGUUUCAGGGCUUGCAGCAGGAAAAGUUCUUUUAGAAGAUGGUUUUGAUAUUACGAUAUUUGAUCGACAUAAAACAUUAGGUGGUAUUUGGUCUCCAGAUUGGGCGUAUGUUCAUCAACAUACUCAAACAAUAGCAAGUUUAAUGGAAUUUUCUAAUCUACAUGAUACAGAAGUUGAAACAGCUAGUGGUGAUCAUGAAACAUUCGAGUUCGAUUUAAUUGUUGUAGCUACUGGUCUUUUUUCUACACCAGAAAAGCCAAAUUUUCCUGGUCAAAAUAAAUUUAGUGGAUCAAUUCAACAUAUUACUGAUAUUAAAAGUGAAGAUCAAUUAAAAAACAAACGUGUAAUAGUAAUUGGUGGUGCUAAAAGUGCCGUUGAUAUGGCUACAUUAGCAGCAAUGCAUGCGAACUAUGGAUUUAGUCGAAUAUUUACACAUAUAUUUGAUCCAUUUCCUAAUGCACCGCAUAGCGCUGCAUUUUAUUUUUUUCAUCGUGUCUUUUCAUUUGUGUUCACUAAAAUCACUGAUAGUAUAGCUAAUUUUUUGAUUAGUAAAUAUAAAUCAGAUUUAUUUGCUGAUGAAAAAUUCAUACCAAAAGGUUCUAUACGAAAUGCUCACAAUAUUAUGCGCCUAACAAAAGAAUUUGUUACAAUGAUUCGUGAAAAUCGUAUUAUUAGAAAAUUGGCAUCAAUUGAUGAAAUUGUUGAUAAGACAACAAUUCGACUUGAUUCUGGUGAACUUUUACAAGCAGAUUUAAUUAUUUGUGCAACCGGUUUUAUUGAAACAUUGACUAAAACACUUGUUCGAAAUACAACAAGAUCGACAUCUGAUGAAGGAAUUGAUCUUGAUUUGUAUCGUCAAAUAAUUCCUAUUGGAAUACCUAAUAUUGCCUUUAUUGGUUUACCUGCACCUUUACAUACAUGGAUGUUUUAUGAAGUUCAAUGUCAUUGGAUGUCGGAUUAUUUUCUUAGUCGAAUUAAAUUACCAAAUACAGAAAAAGAAAUGUUGGAAGAAAUUGAAACAACUCGACAAUUUAUUUAUAAAAUGUUUAAACGAAAAUCAUAUUAUUUUCAAUAUUAUUGGUUAGAACCAAUGGAAAUUUAUUUACGAGAUAUGGGUUUAUCAUUAUAUAGAACAAAUAAUUGGAUAUCAGAAUAUUUUGGUGUAUAUCGUCCCAAACGUUUAUCAACUUUACAUGAUGAACGUAAAGCUAAAGCAGAAAAUAAAACAAUAAAUUUCUGGUAUUUUAGUUUUCAACAUACAAUUCUUCUUUUUUUAUUUCUUUUAUUUAUUUGCUUUUUCUUCUGA